UAUGGUGGGGAAGGAGAACGACACUCAGAGACGAUCUCCAGACUACCCUCCGAAAUCUGCAAUUGAUCGGAGUUUGCGAAUAACUGUUGGGAACGAUCGUUACUGCAGCAUCUCCCCAGAUAGAAGGCACCCAUCUGUACUUGACCGAUUGGGCUCGCCAGUGGAUGCCUUAUAUGAUGCUGCAAGGGAUGAAAUGGCUGAUGGUCCUAUUUAUACGAAUCCCAUGCAGCAAUCAACUCACAUGCAAACAAUGUAUCCCUCUCGUGAUCAAGCUCAAGGAAGUCAAUAUACUUCACGGCCAAGAGAGGACUAUCGGGGAAUGCCACCCCCUGGAGAUUCCUUCAGGCGGAGGCCAGAUUAUGGGUCACACUACUCAUCUGAGAGAGAAGAUGGGCGACGAUCAAGUGAACCUGAUUUAGAUAAAUUGAAAAAAGCUUCCUAUUCACAUUCUCGGUGUGAUGAUCGAAGCAGGGAGUUGGAUCGAGGAAGAGACACUAAACGGGCGCGGCUCGAACAUCGCAGCCAUAGUAGGGACCAUCGUAGCCAUGAGCGUCGGAGUCCAGAAAGACACAGGAAUUACAGAUCCAGAAACCCUGAAAGGGACCGGAGUCUUAGUCCGGCUCCAAAACCAAGCAAUAGUCAUGCUCAAGAUCAUUUUUCAUAUGGGAAAGAUGUGAGUAAAAAUAACGAGUUUCGGGAAUUGGAAAUUGCUCGCAGGAGGAAGGAGCAAGAAGAGAGAAUCAAAGCAGAAAUGCUCCCUACUCCUCGCUAUGAACUCUCAAAUUCUUAUGGUCUCCCUGAGCAUUACGAUAAGGGUUUAAUGGGUGUCACACAAUCUUCCGACAGUGGCUAUGUUCUGCACAGACCAGAUGAGGCUCCUCCAAUGCCAAAGAAAUCUAUUCUGAAGAAACGUACUGAAACAGGAUUUGAGCCCUCGGCUACAAUGCAGUUUGAUGAAUACCGUGUUGGCACAAGCAGUCAAAACACCGAACAUCAGGAAAGUUAUCUUCCAUCGCAGAACUAUAUGAGAUUGCCACAGCAUGAGCCAAGCUUCCCUAAGAUUGAACCGUUCUCCUAUACUCAGGACAGCAGAGAAAGAGAAAUCCAUCAUGUUGCUGAACAGGGCAUUCUGCCUUGCCUGACAAAUACUAAUUUCUCUUAUGAGAGGAGUCUUGUGGCCAAAUAUUGUGGGAAGUCUGAAAUAGAACUGGGUCCUGAAAAUGUAGACAGAGUCUCGGAUUUCUUCCUCCCGCAUGAGCGGGCCACUCAAGAUGCCGGUGGUUUCUCCCGUGUACUUGGAUUAUUAACUGAGGCUGAGAACUGUAGUUUGCAAGAGAGAAGAAAACGCAGCUUCCCUGAUAUAGAGGACGAGGAAAAGUUUCUUUAUGGAGAGGAUGAAGAUGAAAAGACUGAGCCAGUCAAAUACAAAAAGGCGGAGGCUCCUGAAUUUAAGCCUGUUCCUGCUAAUCGCAAUGUCCUUCCUAUAAGACAGAGUAGCCUUCCUGCUGGAGCAUCUACUGCUGCAAGUGUGAAACCUGAUGAAGAGUAUGAGAAGAUCCAUGAUUUACUGAAAACCAUUGGGCUCGAUAUUGGAGUGUCCGAAAUCAGCAAGCUUGCUGCCCGUACUCAGGAACGACUUCAUGGUAAAAAGCCCUCAACCCGAUCUCCUGACCGCACUUCUGAAGCUCAGAAAACCAGCUCCUCUAACAAACGGAGAACUCGAAGUGAGACCAAGUCAUCAGAGCCUCACCCACGGCCUGUAGGAAAGUCAUUUACACCAGAAAUUAGUGGGCCUUAUUCCAGGGUGAUGGAGACUAAAGAAGAAUCGUUUCAACAUGAGAUUAUUGUGACACCUAGUGAACCUGAAAGAAUGACUCCACAGGCUUCAGCUGUCUCCUCAAGUCUCCGAAGGCCUCCUUUACUAAGGACGCCUGCUCCUGGUUCUUGUAUUGUACCACCCUUUGGGCAGUAUCCAAUAAGGGUAAUAAACUAUCCGCCAACGGCACCUCUCCCUAACUUUAACCAGUAUGGUCGUUAUAUGUCAUGCCCUGCCACCACUGCUUGGCCAAUGUUCCCACCCCCAAUGCUUGCAGAACCGUAUGUGCAGGAGCCGAUCAGCCCGGUAAUACUAGCGCAGCAGCCAAAGGUUGCCCGGCCGAACCUACGGGUUAUUGAGACUACUGAUGGCAAACGUGAGGGCUCUGUGCUUGUCCAAGUGCCAACAACAGAUACCAUUCCAACAGUAUCCUCAAACCGGACAGUGCUAAUGCCCAAGUCUUCUGCUGAACAUGCUGAAUACGAAAAGCGAAAGGCUGAACAGAAGCGGAAGGUUUUGAUUGAAAGGGAUAAACUCUCGAAGGAGAAGGAAGCACGACUGAAACGAUUGGAUUAUCUUGGGAAUGAGCUGCAAAAACUCCGCAAACAACAAGGGGAAUUGCUGAGAAGGAAGCGUCGUGAGAAAGAUGGACAUAAGGAUCCACUUCUGGUAGAAAAUGGCAAGUUGCAGGAAGAUAUUACGCGUCAAAUGGCAGUCGUUCGCCAGCAGGCUGAAGAGACUGCGAAAAAGCUGUCUGAACUGGACAAAGUAGCUCAGAUCUUGGGGGCACUUAUUCAUAUUAAAACGCAGCCCAACAUUUCUGUGAGAUCCAAAGAAGAUUCUGAGGAAAUAUUAUCACAAAAAGCAGAAAAGUCUCCAUCCUCAAAGGAGAGUUCAACUAGAGAAAGAUCUCCAGAGGAGCCAGAUUCUAAUACCGAAGGUCCCAAGGAGGAGGCCUCUAAAAGUGGGGAUGUGUACGAGUAUUAUGAUGCAGGAAACCAUUGGUGCAAACACUGCAACAUGAUAUGUGGGACACUCUUCGACUUUUUCACUCACAUGCAUAACAAGAGGCACAGGCAGACACUGGAUCCAUAUGAUAGACCAUGGGCUACAAAACAACCAAACGAAGACAAAAAUGACUCUGUUAAGCGAACUGAGAAAAUAACUCUGCCCGCAAAAGGUUCGGAAUUUCUGAUGCCAGUCACUGGAUUUUAUUGCCAGCUAUGUCAACAGUUCUACGGAGAUCAGAUCUGUGGUGAAGAUCAUGUUAAAUCACAUGGUCACAAUGAUAAAUAUAAGGAAUUCUUAGAAGAGAAUCCAGUUUAUGAACAGCGAAGAAAUCUAGACCGACAGGCCGGCUUAGCAGUGAUCAUGGAAACAGAUCGGAGGCGCCAGGCUGGGCUCAAAAGAAAAAUAGAUGAAGAGAAAGAGGCUCAGAAACAGAAGAAGCAAGAAGAGAGUGAGGAGAAGAAUGCAAAGUUAAUUAAAAUGGACCGCGAGGAACGUGAGAAUGUCACUGAGCUGGAGGAGGAAAGAAGUGACCAUGCCUCAAUUUCCACUCGCAAAAUUGAGUGUGGCCACAAGACUGGCAUAAAACUGAUGCUGAAAAAGGAUGAACCUGAGGAGAAAAAGGAAGACGAACAUACCUGCUCUGCCUCCUCCUGCUUUGGAAAGUUUAGCUGGAAAAGAAAUGAAAAAGAGGAGGAGAAAAGCAGCACAUUAGCUGGAAUGAAGGAAGAAAAUGGGGAAAGCAGUAAGGAAAAGGACGAUGGUAAAACACAAAGUGGAAAAUCCUCCAAAACAAUUGAAAUCAAACUCUCAGGAAAGACUCUUAUUGCUCACACUAGUCCAUGGGUACCUUUCAGUUCAGUGACCACAAUCACACAAGCCAAAAUCCGUCCAAAUCUGCCUGUUGCCAGUAUGCCCCUGAGAAAGCCCAGUGUCACAUCUGUGAAUAAGCCAGCUCCAUUGGACACAUUCCUAUCCAUUCGCUCUUCGGGGACUUCCAACAAACCGCUGCCUGUAGUAAAGGCUGAGACAAAGACAGAAGUGUUGCUGGCACCUGAGGUUAUCUCCAAGGCCUUUGGUGGCGAGGAGGUGACUUUGGAGGGAAGUGUUUUGGACAUAAAUAAAGAAAUAUAUCCUUCAACAGAAGAACCAGCCCCUGGCGUCUCAGAGUUUGAACAACCCAUGUUGGCUGUGCCAAUCCGCCCACCACCACCACCGGUAACUUCUGGUGACUCCAGUAAGAAAGCUGAGAAACCUAAAACUUGCCUGGCUGCUGCAAAUGCUAAAGACUUGUAUGGCAUUUUCUACGGUAGUUCUGGGAAGGGCCCAACUGAUAGCAAAUUGGGACUUGGUGAACAAAGUGCCCGAUUAGGGCAUUCUAAAAAUAUAGAUAAUGCUAACUUAAAGCCAGCCGGGCAAGUGAAAAGUGUGGAUGGAAAUUCAGCUAAAGAACAAGUAUAUUGUGAAAAUAUUACUCUAGUUGUUUCCAAAACUGUAGUUUCAGAAAAAGGCAAUAAAUCACUGGGUGACCAAGCUGAGGACACACAAACGAACCAACAAACAGAGCCAGACAGUGACUUAAGUACAUCGACAUCGGCGCUGCAGGAUGAACAUCAGGAGGUUAAUGUCUUUCAGAAAAAGAGCAAAACUGGAAGUUGGAAGGCUACCGCUGCACAACAGCAGAGUGAAAGCAGCAACUUAAUCCUCAAUCCAACAGUAAAGCCCAGGAAUGAAGAAAUUGAGACUCCUAUUUUAGAAAGGGCAACAGUACCACUGCAGUGUAAGGAUGACAUGGGCAUUUCCAGUCCAGUAGAAGCUACAGAUUUGGAAGAAGAUGCUUUUAUAGUGGAUAGUACCGCAACACAUCUAAACAUCACCAGUACAGAUGAGAAAAUUGAAGUCCUUGUAUCAGAUUCCAUUGAGAAAUUGGAGCAGUGUAUUGAGUUGAACAUCUCCAAACCAGUAGAGGUUGUUGAUGAGAAGAAUAUCCUUGAAUCAAAUAGGACUGCAGAACUUGAGCAGUGUGAUGAAUUGAGUAUCUCCAAACCAUUUGAAGAGGUUAGAGAUGUAAAAGUGGAUGCUCCCAUAUUGGAUAGCACAGCAGAACAAUCACAUCACUGUGAUGAUGACUUAAAGACUUCUUACCUGGCAGAUCAGGUUGGAGAUAAAGAAGUGGAUGUGUCUGUGCUGGUUAGUACUUCAGAACAAGUCCGGCUGUGUAAUAAGAUCCCUGGUCCAGUCGAUGAGUUUGGGAAUGUAGAUGGUCGAUUAUUAGAUAGCACAGUAGAACAGCAACGGUGUGAUAUUAAUUUUAGCAUCUUUGAUCCACUAGAAGACAUUGGGAAUGUAAAAAUGGAUGUCCCUGUGUUAGGUGGUGCUGUAGAACAGUCGUAUGAAACUAGCUUAAGCAUUCCCAGUCCAGUUGAAGAAGUUAGUGAUGUACAAGUAGAUACUUCUCUGUUACCUAGUACUGCAAAUGAGCAGUGUGAUGACUUGAGCAUCCCUAGUCUCUUAGAAGAUGUUAAGGAUGGCCAUCUGUUGGUUAGCGCUGCAGAACAGCAGUGUAAUCUUGGCUUAAGCAUCCCCAGUGCAGUAGAAGAGGUUAGGGAUAUACAAGUGGAUGUCCCUGUUUUGUCCAGCAAUGCAGAAUUGCAGUGUGAUCUUGGUCUAAGCAUUCCCAACCCCAUAGAAGAGGUUAGAGAUGUGCAAGUGGAUAUAUUAGACAGUAAUAUAGACCAAUUAGAUUGGUGUGAUAAUGAGUUAAGCAUCCCCAAUCCAGUAGAGGAGGUUCACAAUGAAAAAUUGGAUACCCAUAAACUGGGAACCCAAGCUGGAACAAAUUUGUUACAGACUGAGCGACAUAUCUCAGGACACCUAAGUACAGAACUGAGCAGUUCACAACAAACUAAGGCUUAUGCCAUUAGUGCCAUGGGUGCCCCUAUUAUAGAAGAGCAUGAUACAUACAUGAGCAGUUCAGUACAAAAACAGCCAUGUGGUAUUAGUGUGGUUAUUACCCCUGAUGCGGGACAGGGUGGAAGUGGUGAAUCAAAAGCUAUGUCAGGAAGUAGUAAAAUGAACACUUCCAAGCAGACCAAACAGUGUGGCGAUUGUGAGACCCUUAAACCUGCAGCGCAGGUUGCAGAGUUAGAGCAACUCGUGCUAUUGGAAAGUAUUAAAUUGAGCGCCUUGGAACCAAGGGUUCAGAAGGAAUCCAGUGAACCCAGCAGUUUGCAACCUGCAGUAGCUGCCGGCACCAGUGAAGUGAGCCUGCUAGAGAAGUGCAAGAACACUAGUGAUUUGCGCACCUCCUCUAGACGAGCAGCACAGGCAGCAAAGGGCGCAUUGCAGGCUUCUAACAAAUCAAAUGAAAAACGAGAAUCUGAGGACAACCCCAAGGCAGAACCUGAAGCGCCUACCAAGCAACUGCGUCGCAGAAGUGCAAGAAACCUUCAGUCGCCAAAGUAAGAAAACGGAUCUGCAAAAAUAGCAGAACUAAUGUAAUAGAUGGUGUGUGGUACACAAAGGCGGUUUCUGUCCUGUUUGAAGCCGAAGCUGUCUGCUUCCCUGAUUUGUAAUUUUAAAAAAAAAAGUUGUAAUUAUUUUUUUGCUUCUUUGCUUAGGCAUGCAUGCGAUAAAUGUUCCAGCAAAAAAUCCCUAUCAUUUUAAGUGCUGUGUAGCAUUCUAAUUUUUUUUUGCAUGGUGCUGCAUUAUGUUGUAUCGGGCACCCAGGACGCAGACAUUCCAUUUCAGUGUUUAAUAAAGUAAGAGUGUAUUUUGAAACCACGACUAGAUUCUUUGAGACGAGAGAAAGCAUUGCAUUGUUUCCAAACUGCUGAUUGAAGGAUAUUUUUACACACAUUGUUCUUCUGUAAAUUGUUUGCCAUUAUUGUACUGGCUGGAAGAAACGUAUGUCACCUAAAUAAAACAUUUGAUGUUUUUAAGUA